AUGAGUAUUGAAAAAGUAGAAGAAAUUAUUACAGAACAAAGUAGUAAUGAAUAUUUAAGUCACCAUGAUACUAAUUUGUAUCCUACUCUUCAUGUAGCAAUAAGUCCAAACGGUCAGCAAGUCGCCACUUUUAACACAGUUACGCUUGAGUUAAAUAUGGGCAAAGUUAAUUCGUUAUCUGAAAUAAGUCCAAUAAAAUGUGAUGCACUUAAUGAUAUUGACACAUCCGCUAGAUUAGUAUGGUCACUAGCAAUUUCCAAUCCAAUUGAUCAAGUAGAUAAUGGAGAUGUGCAUGCUGAAACAUUAAUAGCUCUUAGCUGUUUCGAUGAAAAAGAUAUGAUGUUAGGAAAAUCAUUAUCGCCAACUGCUUCUUUAACGUAUCAACAUCAAUUAGGAACAUCAAGUGGAAAAGAUGGGGAAAUAGAGUUUCACCAUUCAUCAUAUGAAGUUAAUGAUGAAGAAAAGGCAAGGGAAUUGAUUAAAUCAAUGAGUGCAGCUACAUGGGUUAUUUCAACAUGGCGUGAAGUAAGGAUAUCGACGGAAGUUGAUGAAUUUGGUGGAUUAGUUAGAUUUUUAGAUGAUGAUCCAUUGGACCCACAUACGGCCACAAUACUUGUCUUAAAUGUUAAUGGAAUAGCCAAAACGUCAUUCAAUAUGGAUAACAUUACCAUAAAAAAAACUCCAACAUACGAUGAUUAUUCUUCAUGUUAUAUGGAUAAUGCUAUUAGGGUAUUACGAGAUACUAAAAAAUUAUUUCCAUUUCAACAAUAUAGAUUAGUAAGAAAUUGUGGAACUAUUUUAUUAAUUGAUAAUUCGGAUGGAAGUGUUAUACCUAUAUUAAAUGAUCCUUUUAUCAAAAAUAUACUUGUUCCGUCUUUUAUAUCGAAGAGAGAAUUGAUAGAACUUCGUUUACAAUAUCUUCAUGAUUCUGAGUGGGAUCAAGCUGUUUGUCAUACUAUUUUUAAUCAAAAUGGAGAAUAUUCUGAUGCUGACUCCGAAUUAGAAAAAAGUUCUAUUAUAGUAAACGAUAUGGAACCUUGGGUACAUAAUAAAGACUAUGGUCGUAUCUCUGCUUUUCUGGAUGAUGAAAAAACAACUCAAUUAUUCAUCGGGGAAACGACCUUACAAGUAUGGUAUAGAAAAAAUAAGAGGUCAAAGAAAAGACUUAAAUAUAUUUGGGUUAUUCCAACGAAAGGUAUAUUAAUAAUUAAAUCAUUGGAAAUAGGAAAACGUGAAUUUAAAGUUACUCUGUCUUCACAGUCAACUCAAUCUUAUCGGGAGAAUAAUGUAGUUAUCCACUGGCCAUUUAAAAGGAAUACUGUUGACGAUGCUUGUUCUGCUCUCCGUUAUUUAUAUGAGAAGAGAGAUGAUCCUGCCGGUCCAAAGAAACAGCAGCAUUAUGAAAAUUUGGUUCAUAAAAUCGAAACAUCGAUUAGAAAAUUUAUUUUGAAACGCCCUGCCAUAUGGAGGUUAAUCGAUGUUAGAUAUAAUGUGAUGGCUAGUCUUGUAUAUGGUCGUCGUAUAAAUCUAGUGCAGCAAAUCCUAAAUACGAAAGAUUCAGAUUUUUCAAUGCGUUAUCUUCAUACUCCACGUCUUUACGAAUGGCCAAAAAAACCAAAAACAAGUGAUUUGGAAAUUGCGAUAAAAUGUAGUGAAGGAAGACAGAGAGAUGUCGUGAUGAUUGGUUUCUUUUUGGAUUACUAUUCUGAUAAUGCAAUGGAUAAUACCGGUUGGAUGUUCACCGUCUCUCGUGCUAUUCCCUUGUUGUUCGAGAAUCGUUUAGAUUUGUUUUCUAAGCCUAUAUUUGGAACGAAAGAAAUACAUCUGGAUGAAUCGCAUAUAAAUGCCAAAGAUUUGCCAAAGGGUAAAUCCAAGUUUAUAAGAGCAUUCGUCCCGAACACGGAAUUAACACCUACGACAGAACCAUCACGAAUGCGUAACACCAAAAAAUUACAAACCGUCAUGAAGAUAAUAGACAAAUCAAAGGACACUUUUACACAUAAUCAACAAUUGGCAGCGUUACAAAAAGUCAUACCAGGAUUGGAUAGAGGGGAUUCGUCAGCGUUAGUAGCGUUAAGAUUAGUUCCAUUACCGGACUUUACCGUAUAUCCUGAUGGUACUAAAAAUCAAGAUAUAAAUUAUCGUACGUUACCAUUUCGAUUAUUACCUACAUAUACUGUUGAACUGAUAAGAGAAUCUAGAGGCGAUGUACCUCCAAAUCAAUUAAAACAGUUAACGAUUGCUAUUGCAUUUACUGUAUUGGUACUAUGGAUGGAGGGCGUUUUUGAUGAGGCUAAAUCGGACGGUAGAUUAGCUGUGUUGAAAUAUCGAGCCGAAUUAAUUGCUGAUUACGAAACAUUAGAAAAACCAUUUGGUGAUUCAAAAGAGGGAAGUAGCAGUGGAGAUGCUAAAGAAUGGGAUAUCACUGGAUUGGAUGUUGAUAGUUAUAAACAAAAGAAUAUUGAACGAAUGAAUCGAAAAAGUGGCAUUGAAUUUUAUAGUAGUUGGAAGUCGAGUUCUAGUGAUCACAAAGGAUUAAUUUCUGGCAAAACUUCUAAUGGAUCAAUUGAUGAUAGGAAUAUUCAAGAUAAGAAAGUGUUCUUUAAAGAUAAUAUAAGAAGGUCGUCUUCUAUUGAUGAUGGUUUAUCUACGGUCGCAAGUCCGCGUGCAUAUGAAAUUUCAUCCAUUAAUGAAGAUGUGAAUAGUAUUCAUGGUGAAAUCUUGACAUUAAAAGACUCUGUGAAAUCCGUUGAAGGUUCUAUUGACAAUAGAUUAAAUUCAUUGGAAGGUAAAUUAGUUGAAAUGAUGGAUUUAUUGAAUAAAUUAACUACUGCUAAUAAUUUAAAUAGUUCCGGUGAUAUAAGUUCAGGAACUGGAAAUAUAUAG